GUUCAUGUAAGAUGUGAUUUUGCUCACAAUCCUCCUUGUAUCCCUCAGAUUCCUUAGGUGCAGGACUCUCUUCUUUUUAGAGCCAAUGGUCCUUUCCAUCAAGGACACACCAAGAAUGGAGAAGGACAGAAACCACAUGGCUGCAAGGAUAUUAGACCUCACCCUGGAGAUCAUCUCCUUGAUAACUGUAGAGGAUUAUACAGUAGUGAAGAAGUCGUCUGGUGAGUGUGUGACACCCCGUGUGUCAGGAGGAUGGAGCAUGACCCAGAACCCCAUCACCGAGCCCCCACCUCAUUCCCUGAUACAUGAGCAGAAGAUCCUAGAACUUACCACCAGGAUCACUGGGCUGCUGAGCGGAGAGGUUCCUAUAAGGUGUCAGGAUGUCGCUGUCUAUUUUUCCAUGGAGGAGUGGGAGUAUUUAGAAGGACAAAAGGAUCUGUACAAGGACGUCAUGAUGGAGAAUCACCAGUCCCUCACAUCACCGGAGGGAUCCAGUCAGAGAAAUCCACCAGAGAGAUGUCCCAGUCCUCAGUAUUCCCAGGACUGCCCAGAGGAGAAACCGAAUAUCCCACUGGAUCAUCAGGAAAGUUCUGGUGAAACGACGACUGGACUUGAAAAACCCAUCUCAGUGUCUGUGAAUGUGGAAGACAGGAUGAGCGACUCCUAUGGACAUCUCCAUAUAUCUUCCCAUCAUGAAGCAGAAGAUAACAAUACCACACAAGAUGAUUCAAUAACUCCUAAUGUACCCUCAGUCCUUCACAGCAGAGAUCUAUCCACUAAUACUGCUGGUCACAAGAAACCUUCAUCUAAGCAAUUACUGCUUGGUAAAACAAGAACUAUACAGAAAUGUGGGAAAAAAAUUUCUAGUGAGAAACGUUUUAAAAAGAAAUCUAAGCUUUUUUUGCAUGAGAGAAAUUGCAGAGAUAACAGGUCAUUUUCAUGCUUGACAUGUGGAAAAUCUUUUAGCAUGAAGUCCAUUCUAGUUAGACAUCAGAGAACUCACACAGGGGAGAAUCCGUAUUCAUGUCCUGAAUGUGGGAAAGGCUUUAACAAUCAAUCAAAUUUUGUUCGGCAUCGGAGAACUCACACAGGGGAGAAGCCAUUUACAUGUCUUGAAUGUGGAAAGUGCUUUAUUCAGAAAUCAAAUCUUGUUACACAUCAGCGAACUCACACAGGGGAGAAGCCAUUUUCAUGUCUUGAAUGUGGAAAAUCUUUUAGCAUGAAAUCUAUGCUAGUUGCACAUCAGAGAACUCACACAAGGGAGAAUCCUUUUUCAUGUCCUGAAUGUGGGAAAGGCUCUAUCAGUCAAUCAAGUUUUAUUCGGCAUCAGAGAACUCACACAGGGGAGAAGCCAUAUUCAUGCCCAGAAUGUGGGAAAUCUUUUAUUCUGAAAUCAUGUCUUGUUAGACAUCAGAGAACUCAUACAGGUGAGAAGCCAUUUCUAUGUCUUGAAUGUGGAAAGUGCUUUAGUCGGAAAUCAAAUCUUGUUGCCCAUCAGAGAACUCACACAGGAGAGAAGCUGUAUUCAUGUCCUGAAUGUGGGAAAGGCUUUAACAGUCAAUAUAAUUUUUCUCAGCAUCAGAGAACUCAUACAGGAGAGAAGCCAUUUUCAUGUCUUGAAUGUGGGAAAUGCUUUAGUUGUAAGACAUAUCUUGUUACACAUCAGAGAACUCACACAGGAGAGAAGCCAUUUGUGUGUCCUGAAUGUGGGAAGUGUUUUGAUGUGAAGUCAUUGCUUAUACAACAUCAAAGAAUUCACAAAAAGGAGAAGCAAUAUUCAUGUUCAGAAUGUGGGAAAUGUUUUAGUCAGAAAUCACAUCUUGUUCGACAUCAGAGAAUUCACACAGGAGAGAAGCCAUUUAUGUGUCUUGAAUGUGGUAAGUAUUUUGGUGCGAAAUCAAUGCUUAUAAAACAUACAAGAAGUCACACAGGAGAGAAGUCAUUUUCAUCUUUAGAAUGUGUGCAACCUUUUAGCCAGAAAUCACAUGUUGUUGAACAUGAAAAACUCCACUUAGAGGAGAAGCCAUUUUCAUGUUCACAAUGUGGGAAAUGCUUUAAGACUCAAACAAGUUUUUUUCGGCAUCAGAGAACUCAUACAGGUGAGAAGCCAUUUUUAUGUCUUGAAUGUGGAAAGUGCUUUAGUCAGAAAUCACAUCUUGUUACACAUCAGAGAACUCACAUAGGAGCACGUCAGAGAAUUGAAAUAGGAGAGAAACCAUUUAUGUGUCCUGAAUGUGGGAAGUAUUUUACAGUGAGAUCAAUGCUUAACUAUCAUCUAAGAAGUCACACAGGGGAGAAGCCAUUUCCAUGUCUUGAAUGCGGGAAAUGUUUUGGUCGGAAAUCACAUCUUGUUAGACAUCAGAGAAGUCACACAGGAGAGAAGCCAUUUAUGUGUUCUGAUUGUGGGAAGUGUUUUGGUGUGAAAUCAGUGCUUAUAAAACAUCUAAGAAGUCACACAGGAGAGAAGCCAUUUUCAUGUCUUGAAUGCGGGAAAUGUUUUGGUCAGAAAUCAAAUCUUGUUAGACAUCAGAGAACUCACACAGGGGAAAAGCCAUUUGUGUUCUGAAUGUGGGAAGUGUUUUGGUAUGAUAUAAUUGGUUAUAAGACAUCUAAGAAGUCACACAAGAAGGAAGCCAUUUUCAUGUAUUGAAUGCGGUAAAUCUUUUGAUAUAAAGCAAAUCUUUUUAGACAUCAGAGAACUCACACAAGGGAGAAGCAAUUUUUAUGUUCAGAAUGUGUGAAAUGUUUCACCUGUCAAGCAAGUGUUGUUUGACAUCACAUCAUUGUGAGACCU